GUUGCUAUCCGUUCCUAGACCCAGGGCAAAGCCCAAGAAAUUCUUAGUCCGUUCCGUUACGGACUGAGAAAAAUUAAAAUCCCACGAGCCUAACAGGCACACGAAAUCCAUAGAAGUAAACAACGUAGUAAAUGAAUGGAAUAAAUUAAUUACUAAAUGACACGUUCUUCCACCAUUUCAUCAGAUUUUUGGGAUUUCCUGAUCGGUUCUUUGGAAAGCCUUUUUGCUUCUCAAUUCAUUGGAGACCUUGCAACUCGUAUGUGAUUAUUUCAAUCUGCAUUAGCAUUUUACGUUUUUAUGAUGCCCCAGCAGAAGUGUGUAAAUGCCUCAGGAUCGAGCAAGUAUGGUGAAAACCUCAGUACUCAUGGAAUGAUUGGUUCAUAGUGUUUCUUUUGCCUCUGAUUGGAAAAUUUUAAGACUAGUGUGGAACUCUCAUUUUCAUUCAUUUGUGCAAGAUGAGCCAACAGAGUCAAAGGACCAGUUCUUUAUCUCCUGCAGACCUUCCUAUGAAACGGAAGCGCGGUCGUCCACGGAAGGGUGAAAAUCUGAUGCUGGGGAAGAAUAAAUCCAUGACGCCUGCAUCUGCAAGUACAAGGAAAAAUAAAGAAAGUGGGGAUAUAAGUGAUGAUGCUGAUGGUGCCAUGGUGGGUCAGGUGGUUACUGGUGUCAUUGAAGGUUCAUUUGAUGCUGGAUAUCUGCUUAAUGUUAAGGUUGGGGACACUGACACACAUCUGAGGGGUGUUGCCUUUCUUCCAGGAAGGUUCACCCCAAUUACUGCUGCAAAUGACGUUGCUCCACAUGUUAAGAUGUACGACAGAAAAGAGAUCCCAAUCCCAGUUCUCAACCAUCAAACUCAGCUCCAUAUUUCUGUCCUCCCAUCUGGACAAAGUAGUAAGCAACCUACUCGGCUUAAAACCCAUGCACCUGAACUUUCAGAUCAACUUCAUUCUCCUGGGCUUCAGUCUGCAAUCCCAAAUGCACCUGAGAACCUAUCUGCCUCUGUUAUGGUAACUGUGGCUGCCAACUCUCCGAAGAAUGAUGCAAGUCUUUCCUUGGGAGGAAACGAAGUGCCUCAGAAAACAUCGGAGCCUGGACUUGUGAGCCAAUCUACAUCUACUGUGGCACAGCCGGAUCAUGAUGAGACUGUUGAACAUGAUGAGGUGUUGGAGGAAUGUGAAGUUUCCCCACUGAUUGAAGGAGCUAAUCACGAUGGAGAGGCAACUAAAGAAUCAAAAGCAGAAUCGGCAUCUGAACCAGUUGUUGAUAUGAUUCCAGCCACUGAAAUCGCUACUAAAGAGCCUCAAAUUCAGCACCAGGCUGUGAGUCUUGACCUUAAGCCUAAUGAAUUGGUUCAUGAUGAAGUGAAGAACCCAAAUCUCGAACUCAACCAUACUUUUGUAUUUGCUGAACCUUCAGAACAGAUGAAUAAGCUCACCGACAUUGUGAUGGAAGAACAUGCUCCUCCAGAAAAAGAUAUAGCAGAAGAAACACAAUUGGAGCCUGCUAUUGAGAUUUCAAGUGGAACUGCUACGUCCCUCUCAAAUGGAAGACCUGCAAGUGAUCCUCUCAAUGCUACCGAGUUGGGAUCACACUCUCCACCACAGAGCAGCCAACCAGCUAUGAUGUCUGAGGGAGAGGCUAUUCCAUCAGAGUCCAACCAGCCAACCAGCAAAGAAUCCGCUCUUCCAGGAAUGAUGGAACCCCAGCUCCAUAGUUCUGGUACCCGAAGCUACAUGGAAAAUGGUGUCAAAGAUGACCCAGUACCCCAGUCUUAGAUCCCUAUGAGAGACCUGAGAAUCAUUCGUGAAACUAAAUGUAGAAGAAAAGACACGAGGAUAGUGUGAAGGUUGGGGAAUAAACAGGUAGUAUUCCGGUCAUGGCUCCCAUGUGUAAGUUGACGCUAGGAUAUAAGAUUAUACUCUCCUGUUAAUCUGACAGCUCUCUUGUGGUUUGUUAUUCUUUGUUUUUUCUGGGGAAGGAGAUGGUUUUGUCACCCUUUUUAAGCUUUGUUAUAUUCUUGAGUCUUGAAAAUUAAUGUCGGUUCUAUGUAGGUGAUGGUUCUCCCAUGAUAUUCAUUAUUAAGGGCGGUUUCGUGCUCU